ACACUGCCCACUCCUUUUGCUUAACUCCCAUAACUUGACUUUUUCACUCACAUUAUAUGUCCAGCCUCAAAAUGAACAGUGCAACUCUCACAAUGCUGCCCUUGAUCAUGUUUGCAUUGACUACAAUGCUUUGUGAAGGAAGGAUGGGCGGAAAAGCAGAGCGUUGUUUGUGCCAAAUGAAAGGAAAGGAGAGGGUAAAUCCUAAACUUGUGGAGACUUUUAAGAUAUUCUACCCAAGUGCCUCCUGUUCAAAUACUGAGAUUCUUUUGACUCUGAAGCAAGGAAUGAAGGUCUGCCUGGACCCAAAAGGAAACCAAGGACAGAAAAUCUUAUUUGGAUCGAAGCUAAAGAAAAACGCCAAGGGAUUAUAAGGCAAGAAGGAGAAGAAGAAAUUUACAGCUGAUUUUACAUUACUCCCACUUAUGUGAUUAUUCAAUCAGUAUAUUCUCUACUAAUCAAAAGACAUGACAGAGUAUUAAUUGAUAGCAUGCACUUAGUUACGUUAUGCAUAUAUAUGUUAGACACAGAGAUAUUACACAAUGAACAUUUUAACAGUAAAUGAAUUAUUGAUUGCUUGUUUGCUUGCUUGAUUGAA